AUGCGUGGCAGGGCAGGGGGGGGGAGUAUGCUGCUGACUCGACUGCAGUGUGACUGGGCGGAAACGCGCGGAAACGGAAACGGAAACGGAAACGCGCGGGGGUGUGACCCUGACUCAGUCCAACCUCACGCGCGGCCCCGGGGGGACUCGGCCCGCAGACGCCCUCGGCGCACAAGCCCUCGCCGCCGCCUCCACCUCGGCCAGACCGCUCGACGACGCCUCGCAGCGCCCGCACCGUUCGCCGCCUUUCUUCCGCACCAGAGUGCUUCUCUUGCGCCACCUCACCGAGCAGCCAUGGCCGCCCAGAUCGCCCGCACGGUGGCCUGUGCGUCGACCGCGGUCGCGCGCAGCGCCCGCCGCUCCCGCGCCGCCCCCGUCCACGCCGCGCGCGCCCUCGCCCAGCGUGCCGCCAUGACCGGGUCCUCCCUCCCCGCCGCGCGGGCCCCCCGCGGCGCGCGCGCGACCGUGCGCGCGGCCAGCGACGUCGUCGCGUCCGCUGAGGGCCCCGUCGCCAUCGUGACCGGCGCAUCGCGCGGCAUCGGCCGGAGCGUGGCUCUGGAGCUCGCGAAGCACGGCUGCCGUGUCCUGGUGAACUACGCCGGCAACGAGGAGGCCGCCAACGCCACCGCUGCGGACUGCAAGGCGGCCGGCGGCGACGCCAUCACCUUCAAGGCCAACAUCGCCAGCCAGGAGGAGGUGCAGUCGAUGUUCAAGGCCGCGAUGGACGAGUGGGGCCGCGUGGACGUGGUGGUGAACAACGCGGGCAUCACGCGCGACACGCUGAUGAUGCGCAUGAAGCCCGACAUGUGGAACGACGUGAUCAACACCAACCUCACGGGCGUCUUCUACUGCUGCCAGGAGGCCACCAAGAUCAUGCGCAAGCAGCGCGCCGGCCGCAUCAUCAACCUCGCCUCCGUCGUGGGCCUCGUCGGCAACGUGGGCCAGGCCAACUACUCGGCGGCCAAGGGCGGCGUGAUCGCGCUGACGAAGACGGUGGCGCGUGAGUUUGCGGGCAGCGGCAUCACGUGCAACUCGAUCGCGCCGGGCUUCAUCAAGUCCGACAUGACGGCCAAGCUCUCGGACAAGGUCGUCGACGAGGUCCUCAAGACCAUCCCGAUGGGCCGCAUGGGCGAGCCGGAGGAGAUCGCCGGCAUCGUGCGGUUCCUCGCGAUCGACCCCUCCGCGGGGUACCUCACGGGGCAGUGCCUGUCCCCCAACGGCGGCAUGGUAAUGUAA